AUGGCGGGCAAGGAAAGUCAACGUAUUGUGUGCGGCCAGCCGCACAAAUCUGAUAUUACUGCUGGCUGUGGGUCGUUGGGUACCUUCGUACGACGAAAGCUGUUGCAGAACGGGCCGGAUGUAGCGUUGAUCGAUGGUGUUUACGGCACUGAAAUUACGUACAUGGAGCUGCUGGAACAGGGGGCCCGUGUUGCCGAAUGUCUACGGCGGGAGGUUGGCAUACGGAGCGGUGACGUAAUUGGGCUGGUCUCGGAGAACCGGCUCGAAUUCCCAACCGUACUGAUUGGGUCGUUUCUGCUUGGCGCUACGGUGGCACCGAUCAACCUUACCUACACCGAACGUGAGUUCGUGCACGCGUUUAAUUUGUCAAGACCCCGAGUCGUCUUUUUGUCGCCAUUUUCCGCUGACAGAGUGGUGGCUGCUGCCAGACAGUGUGGCAGCUUCAUCGAGCGCUUGGUACUGUUUGGGGAUGAAAAUCUGUGUGAGGGUGCAUCAUCCAGCGUGCCUUACACGCUGAUGGAACAGUUUCUUGCUUCCGUUUCGUUCGUAAAUCCACUCGGGUUUGACAUUUCGCCGACGAAUGUGCACGAGCACGUAGCCUUGAUCAUGUGCUCGUCCGGUACGACGGGUCUACCGAAGGGUGUCCAGCUAACCCAGGCGAACGUGAUGGCCAGUGUAGCACUGACAGAGGAAUCAUCGUCGCUGACGGAGGUAGAGGAACCGAUGGUGGUCCUGUGUGUCCUGCCCUGGUUCCACGCCUUCGGUUGCCUUAGUCUCAUCAAUGUGCUCUGCAUUAAGGAGCGCAUGGUGGCAUUGCCCAAGUUCGAGGACUUCCUUUACCUCGGCUGUAUCGAAACGUAUCGCUGCAAUACGCUCCUGUCAGUGCCACCAAUUGUGCUGUUUCUGGCGAAACAUCCGCUCGUCGAUAGUUACGAUCUGACCAGCAUUCGCACGGUCAUUUGUGGCGCUGCUCCUCUGUCCCGCGAGACCGAAGAGCUACUGCUGCAACGACUUCCCAACAUACAGCAUGUACGGCAAGGCUACGGUAUGAGUGAGCUUACGCUGGCCACGCUCAUCCAGAGCGGAGACGACCACAAACCGGGAAGUGUUGGGCGCGUCCAGAUUGGAACGCAGGUAAAGGUAGUCGACCCAACCACCGGCAAAACCCUCGGCCCGAACGAACGUGGAGAGCUUUGCUUCCGAGGCACGCAGGUAAUGAAGGGCUACAUUGGUGAUGAACAGGCCACACGCAGCACGAUCGAUGCCGAUGGUUGGCUGCAUUCGGGCGAUGUUGGGUACUACGACGAGGACGGUGAAUUCUUCGUCGUUGAUCGACUCAAGGAGCUCAUCAAGUACAAAGGUUACCAGGUGCCACCGGCAGAAAUUGAGGCCGUUCUGCUGACUCAUCCAGCCAUACUGGAUGCGGCCGUUAUCGGCGUCCCGGACGAGGCGGCCGGUGAACUUCCGCUAGCGUUCGUUGUACGGCAGCCGAACGAUGCCGGAGCGGCCGUCACCGAGCUGGAGAUUGUGCAGUUCGUAGCGGAGCGUGCGUCCGCGGCUAAGCGGCUUCACGGUGGAGUCCAGUUCAUUGACGCUAUUCCGAAGAACCUCAGUGGCAAGGUACUUCGCCGUGAGCUGCGAGAGCUGGUGAGUGGGGAGAAGAUGCGGGCAAAGUUGUAA